UUGCUGAAACAUUUUCUUAUGCUAACCAUCUCUGCCCAGAAUCAAUUUCUGGCAAAUCAUAUCUCAGUUUCACAUGUUAGCCGCCACAGGGUUACUAAUUCAACAAGAGAGAUAACUCGAGUGUAUUUCUUGCCUGGAGGAAAAGGUAUGGUGAAAGUUUGUAAGACCAUGUUUUUAGCGACGUUCGACAUAAAAGCAAAAAAGUUCGGAUCAUUGCAUCAAAGUUGGUUAACGGCAUGUGCAUUGCGCAGGAUGACCAACGCUCCCACAAUUGCAAUCGAAACAAGUUAUCGGCUGCAGACAUAACAUGCAUAGAAGAGCAUAUCCUGUCAUUUCCUUCGUGUACCUCUCACUACAUGAGAGAGAAGUCUUCGAAGCUGUAUCUUUCGAGCGAUUUAAAUAUUAGAAAGAUGUACGAGCUAUACGAGAAAAAAUGUAUAGAAACGAGAACCCGUCCCGUACAUUACAACUCGUACAGACUCAUUUUUAACAGCUUCAACUUGGCUUUAGAAAACCACGGGUAGAUACCUGCAACCAAUGUGACAAACUAGCUACAGAAAUAAAAGUAGUUACUGAUUUUGCUCUGAAGCAAGAUGCAGAACUCAAACUGACAGCUCACCAACAAAAAGCGAAAGUUAUGUACGAUGAGAAACGACGAGAUAGGGAGGAAUCUAAUAUCAAUUCCUGUGUUAGAGUAGCAUCAUUUGACCUCCAGAAAUGUUUACCCACACCCUUUCUCAGAUGUGGACAAGCUUUUUAUCGUCGGCAGCUAUAUACUUUAAAUUUAUCGGUUUUUGAGUCUUAUAACGGAAAGAAUGAAGCUUACUGUUAUUUAUGGAAUGAGUCGAUCGCGCGUAGAGGAGCACAGGAAAUCGGGUCAUGUAUUUUGUACGACGUGCAACGAGUUCUGAAUUCAACACCCUCCAACAAAACACAGACUGAACCUUUGAAAUUGAUUUACUACUCGGACAGGUGCAGCGGGCAAAAUCACAACUUUAUCAUGUGCAUGAUGUUUUUGAACAUCAUCGAUCAGUGCCAACGAGAAGGACGGGAAGCUACCAUUAUUCAUAAAUUCAUGAUUUCAGGGCAUUCGCACAUGGAGGUAGAUUCCAUUCAUGCGGCCAUCGAGCGAUCAAAAAAGCGAAGCACUAUCGAUAUUGAAACUCCUAGAGACUGGGCGCUAUUCAUUAGUCAGGUACGACGUAAAAUCCCCAUAAAUGUAGUUGAACUAGACCAAACAAAAUUUUUGGCGUUGAAAAACCUUAACAUACGAUUCAACCGUCCUAAAUAUAAUACGGACGGUCCGGUCAUAAAAUUGCGGGACAUUAUAUGGUUUGAAUACCGAACAACUGCACCAGGGCGCGUGUUUUAUAAACAGAAUGUUGAGGAUGACUAUAGCUGCUUUAUAGCAAUCAAUGAAGCACCGCACUCAGAACCUUAUUAUUUAACUCCACUCAACUUGGAGCCAAUACCUUUAUCGCAGGAGAAGCUGGAGGACCUGCGAAACCUCCUCCCAUUUGUAAGCAACAAGCAAUAUUAUGAGGUGAUGCUUAAAAAUUUAGUGGUUAAAAAGCGUGGACGAAAAAAGUUAAGUAAAUGCGACGAUCAUUUCGAAGAUGAUAUGGACAGGCUUGAGGAAGAAUAUAUAAAAUGAAUAUAUCCGUGUACUUACGUAAAAAAUUUAUUAUAAAUAUCAAUAAAAAUAAUUAGUACGGAUAUU